CCCCAAGCAAAGGACAAGGAGACAAGCCAAAGACACUUUUUUUGCAGUUCUCACUGAGUUUUGAUUCUUUGCUUCCUUUCCCUCCAUUGAAGCCUCUUCGAAAGGUUCCUCUCCUCAGAGAUGCCUUUGAACUGACAUAUUCUUCUUCCCUUAUUGCCACUGUUUCGCCUCCUCUGUUCUUCAGAUCUUUAUCAAGAAAGAUGGCUUACCUGAUGUAGCGAUUUGGAUUUCAACAUUCUUUCUCAAAGCUUGAGACUUUAGUGAUAAGUGGCUCCUGUUGUCUGCUUAUAGAGAGAAAAGCUUUGGAUUGUCUACGUUUCAUGAUCGGUUUAGGUGUUAUCUGCUUCUGCUGUUUCCGGUUUGUGUUGGUUUCAGACAAAGGCACUGUGUCUCGAAGGUCUAUCUCUUCGGCUUCUCCUUUUGUUUCAUGUCUCCGAACCUAGACAGUCCUGUGCAGACACAAAUGGCAGUUGCGGUCUUCAAGACUCCCCUCACUGGGGGUAACAAGAUGGAAGGGAAGCUGCAGAGACAAUCCUCAGGGAGAAGAGUUUUUGUGCAAACAGAAACUGGCUGUGUUCUCGGGAUGGAGCUGGACCGUAGCGACAAUGUCCACACGGUGAAGAGGAGGCUUCAGAUCGCUCUCAACUUCCCCACCGAAGAGAGCUCCUUGACCUACGGAGACAUGGUCCUCACCAACGAUCUCAGCGCUGUCAGGAACGACUCUCCUCUCCUCCUGAAACGCAACUUCAUGCACAGAAGCUCCUCCACUCCUUGUCUCUCCCCCACCGGGAGAGAUCUCCAGCAGAAAGACAGAAGCGGUCCCAUAGAGAUCUUAGGCCAGUCAGAGUGUUUCUCCGUUGUGAAACAGAUGGUGAAAGACAUUGUCAAGGCCAUGAAGCUCGGCGUUGAUCCUCUCCCUGUUCACAGCGGGCUCGGAGGUGCUUACUACUUCAGGAACAAGAAAGGUCAGAGCGUUGCUAUCGUCAAACCAACCGAUGAAGAGCCCUUUGCUCCCAACAAUCCGAAAGGGUUCGUUGGGAAAGCUCUCGGACAGCCUGGGUUAAAGUCUUCGGUUCGUGUCGGUGAGACAGGGUUUAGAGAAGUUGCGGCUUACCUUCUUGACUACGGCAGGUUUGCUAACGUGCCUCCCACGGCUCUUGUGAAGAUAACUCACUCUGUGUUCAAUGUCAACGAUGGUGUGAAAGGGAACAAGGCUAGAGAGAAGAAGAUGGUUGUUAGUAAGAUUGCUUCUUUCCAGAAGUUUGUGGCUCAUGACUUCGACGCUAGCGAUCACGGCACUUCGAGCUUCCCUGUGGCGUCUGUGCACAGGAUUGGGAUACUGGACGUGAGGAUCUUCAACACGGACCGUCACGGUGGGAACCUGUUGGUGAAGAAGGUGGAGACGUUUGGUGAAGUUGAGCUUAUACCGAUUGAUCAUGGUCUCUGCUUGCCGGAGACGCUUGAGGAUCCUUACUUUGAGUGGAUUCAUUGGCCUCAGGCGUCAUUGCCUUUCUCUGAGGAAGAGCUUGAGUAUAUACAGAGUCUUGAUCCGUUGAAGGACUGUGAGAUGCUUAGGAGAGAGCUUCCGAUGAUUAGAGAAGCUUGUCUGAGGGUGCUUGUUCUCUGCACUGUUUUUCUUAAAGAAGCUGCUUCUUAUGGGAUGUGUCUCGCGGAGAUCGGUGAGAUGAUGACUCGAGAGUUUCGUGUGGGGGAAGAGGAGCCUAGUGAGCUGGAGGUUGUGUGUAUUGAAGCCAAGAGAUUAGUUACUGAACGAGAUGUGUUCUCUCCUAGGUCUGAUGUGAUGGGAGGAGAAGCAGAGUUUCAGUUUGAUCUUGACUGUGAUGAGUUGGAAUCAGUCUACGGCUCCAAGAUGCAAGUGACCGAUGACUACUUCGCGAAGAAUCCUUUUUCGAACGGACGUUCUUCGCUAGGAAAGCUUGAAGAAAGCAUCAAGGAAGAAGAGGAUGAAGAUUAUGAUGAUGAAGAAGAGGACGAGGACAAUACUGAAAACGCUGUCCCUGUGAUGAUGACAAUGAAAGACAGCUUUUUUAGUUGUGCUGCUUUUCAUGACAAAUCUACAUCUCUUUCGAAGCUUUCUACAUCGAUGAAGAACACGCAUCUCAGCGACACGGGAAGGAAAAACAGCACAAAGACUUUGACAAGAGGCAAAUCAGAGAACACAUCGUCUGGUCACAAAAGCGCUAACGAGCAGCUUCAAGCGAGUGCAAGCUUUGUGAAGUUAGCGGACAUGAAAGAGGAGGAGUGGGUUGUGUUCUUGGAGAGGUUCCAAGAGUUGCUUGGACCGGCUUUUGCAAAACGCAAAACGGCAACGUUGAGCAAGAGACAGAGACUUGGCACUUCAUGCCAGUUUUGAGAGGAGCUUAUAUAUACUAGUAAGAAGAGAGGCAGGAUCUACAGUAUGAAACUGGAGGAGGCUUCUUGUUCUCGUUCUAUGUUAGUAGUAAGAAGAAAAAAAAUAGUUACGUUUGGGAAGGUUUGGCUUUAUGACAGAAGCAGCAAGGUGAAAAAGGGGUUUGGUUUGUUUUAUCUUUUCACCCUUUUUUUGUAAAUAUUUGCUUCUACCUUUCUCUUUGUUUGUUUUUUUUUUUUGCCUCUGUAUCACCUUCUUUUGAUCUUUUUUUCUUUUCCUCUUGGUAAGACCUUGUGGCUUGGCCUUGUCUUAUAAAUAAUAUUAGUCUUUCUUGGUUUCUAAAA